AUGCUUCCCCGGCCAACGCCCACUACACACGUUGCGGCACGCUCGACAUAUGCUCGACAGCCUCUCAAGCAGACAUGUUGCCCCAUGCGCUUCAUGCUGGCCCUGCAGGGGUCAAAGGUUUGUCCAAGUCUUAGCUCCCACGACGCCUCGUGCCCCAUACGGCAAUAA